AUGCUACAGAAUCCGGUUUUUGCAGAUGGUGUAUUCGCUGUUGUUUGCGUACUUCCUCCAACCGAGUCCUUUCGUCCCUUGCUGGCAGGAACUUGUUUAGCUGAAGCAAGCUGCAUGCUAAGUGGCGUCUCUGGCCAUUCUUCGCAUGUCAUGCCACUUGUGAUGCUUUAUUCGCAAGGAGACGGCCCUCCGUUGAGAGCUGGUCACAUAUACCAGGCCAGUGGGCGAUUUGCUUACGAUGAGAUCUCAGGCAAAAUCCUUUUGGCAGUCACACCGACAAGGCUAACAGACUUGGGUCCUACCUCUGAUACACACGGCCAACUGCCACCGAUUCCAGUCAGAAUAUCAAGUCUUGGCACGCCUGUUUGUGCCGCAGUAGAGCCAGCAUUGCAUUUUGGCCCCGAAGUCAUAGUCAUAGCUGCAGAGCACUUGCAUUGGUUUUCCGAGCUAGGAAGAAACGUAGGAGGGGCCAUUAAAUACAGAGGAGAUCCUGGGCUUGGUGUCUUAGAGCUGGACGACUUUAAUGUCAAUGGAGUGCAAAUCUUCUUCUCUGGACACAUAACAUCUUGGGACCCAGACAAUGAGGAGCUAACUGUACAGGGGUUAUCUGAUUGUGCUUUGCAUCAUCAGCGAAAUGGAAUAGUUCCAAUUCGUAGCGAAAUUGUGAUACCUGGCAAGGGCUGGAGGGUAUGCCGUAUAGAAACAUUGGAACCUGUGGGUUAUCAGGAUCAGGUAGCUGUAAGCAACCUACAAGCCAAGCCCGUCAGAAGAGUCCUGAAGGCCCAAAACAUGGCUACACAAGAAGCUAUGUGUAUCUAUAGGUAUUUAUCAAAACAAAAAGCCUUUGCUCUACAAAUGUAG